AUGGAGUUCAAUCUAGUUUACUCUUUUGAAAUGGAGAAUAGACAAGAUUUAGAUAUUGAUGAUGGCUUUAGUGAAAUUCACAAGGAAUAUACUGGCCUUCCUGUAUCUAAUGCCACCAAUGUAAAAGACACAGCAAAAACAAACAAAAGGUCUCAUGCAGGUUCUAAUGAGGAAGACCGAGAAGCUAAGGUUUGGGAGGCUAAAUCUAAAGCUACUUUACACAGAAGCUCUUUUGUCUUGCGCGGAGGCAAAAAGGGAAACAUCUAUAUUUUGUUGGCGCGGCAGGAGUUGAAGAGUAGUAUUACUUGGCUUCCGGUCACUAGGGAGUUGUUUGUUAGUGGUGGGGUGAAUAUCAAAGUGCCAAUGCGGUGCCUGUCGAUUUGUAUCUGUUGCUCUAAUUUCAAGGACUCCUGCAAUGAGUUCAAUCUAGUUUACUCUUUUGAAAUGGAGAAUAGACAAGAUUUAGAUAUUGAUGAUGGCUUUAGUGAAAUUCACAAGGAAUAUACUGGCCUUCCUGUAUCUAAUGCCACCAAUGUAAAAGACACAGCAAAAACAAACAAAAGGUCUCAUGCAGGUUCUAAUGAGGAAGACCGAGAAGCUAAGGUUUGGGAGGCUAAAUCUAAAGCUACUUUACACAGAAGCUCUUUUGUCUUGCGCGGAGGCAAAAAGGGAAACAUCUAUAUUUUGUUGGCGCGGCAGGAGUUGAAGAGUAGUAUUACUUGGCUUCCGGCCUUGGUUGUAUCAUCUAGAUGCUUCCUUCUGAUUUCUUUUGGAUCUGGGAUUCAGGGUUGUCCUUAUACUCUUGGAGCGAAGCGCAAGCCUCAAUUUUUCUUUAAGAGAGUACGAGAAAAUGAUGUGAAAGCACUUUUUACAGAGAAAGUAGUUAACAAGAUUGAAAGGGAUAUUGGGUGUAAAAUCAAAAUAGAGGAGAAAUUUAUCAUUGUUAGUGGCAAGGACAGGUUGGUUUUGGCAAAAGGUGUGGAUGUUGUUCAUCAAAUCCAAGAGGAGGGCACAAAGAAGGGUCCUUCUGGCUCUCACAUGUCCAGAUCCAGGUUCCCUGAGUAUUGACUCUCAGGUUGGGACGCGCUGAUUCCCAGAGGUCUAAUUCCAGUCCACAUAAUAAUGCAUCAAAGUCCCAACAAAAAAUUAGCAAACAAGAGAAGUUUGUGGAAGAGCGCGUCCAUGAGGAUUUGCGAAAGUUUUUGAAAGGAUUUGCAACUAUUUUUAGUCGUCAUCAGUCUAUAGUGUACGGUAUGUGCAGACGCAGAACUGCUGGCCAGAUGGAUGCAAUUUUUUCCUUUUUGUGUAUAUUAUUAAUUGCUAAUAUUACGUGUUAU